AUGCCAGCCCUGGGCGUGGCUGAGACCAGCACCUCAGCUGCUUUUGACUUUGGUAUAAACCCUCGCCUUGGACAGGCAGCUAUGGGGACAGUCCUCUCGGCUGAGUUCCUUGUCCUGCAGAUCCGGGAGAUGUCUCCGCAGACUCGUCCUUGCUUUAAUUGUUCCAUCUUUCCUGGAGAGCUGGCCCCAAACGGUUCAAGGAGCCUAGUUUUCUGCAAUGGCAGUGAGGUCAAGGGAGUCUUUGAAGCUGAGGACUUGAACCUGACUGAUGAGGCCCUGAGGCUGAAGUACUUGGGGCCACAGCAGACAGAGCUCUUUGCUCCCAUCUGUGCCACCUACCUGUUGAUCUUUGUGGUGGGCACUCUGGGCAACGGGCUCACCUGCACCGUCAUCCUCCGCCACAAGGCCAUGAACACGCCCACCAACUUCUACCUCUUCAGCCUCGCCGUGUCCGAUUUGCUGGUGCUCCUGGUGGGCCUGCCCCUGGAACUUUAUGAAAUGCAGCACAAUUACCCAUUCCAGCUGGGCGCAAGUGGUUGCUACUUCCGAACACUGCUCUUUGAGACUGUCUGCCUAGCUUCAGUGCUCAACGUCACAGCCCUGAGUGUGGAGCGCUAUGUGGCGGUGGUGCACCCGCUCCAAGCCAAGUCUCUGAUGACUCGGGCCCAUGUGCGCCGCAUGUUGGGGGCCAUCUGGGUCCUCUCUGUCCUCUUCUCUCUGCCCAACACCAGCCUACACGGCCUCCAGCAACUACACGUACCCUGCCGGGGUCUGGUGCCCGACUCAGCUAGGUGUAUGCUGGUGGGUUCCCCUGUCUUCUACAAUUUGGUGGUUCAGAUCACCACACUGAUCUUCUUCUGCCUGCCCAUGGUCACCAUCAGUGUGCUGUACCUGCUCAUUGGGCUGCGGUUGCGGAGGGAAGGGAUGUUGCUCCGAGAACAGGCUAAGGGCAGGAAAACUGCACCAGCCCAGAAGACCUGCCAAAGAAAGCUUCAGCUCCGACAUAGGGGACGGAGACAGGUGACCAAGAUGCUAUUUGCACUGGUUGUGGUGUUUGGCAUCUGCUGGGCUCCAUUCCACGCCGAUCGCCUCAUGUGGAGCUUGGUGUCCAACUGGACCGAUGGCCUGCACCUGGCCUUCCAGUUUGUACAUGUUAUCUCCGGUGUCUUCUUCUACCUCGGCUCAGCAGCCAACCCAGUGCUCUAUAGCCUCAUGUCCAGUCGCUUCCGAGAGACCUUCUGGCAAGCUCUGGGCCUUGGACCCCCGUGCUGUCUCCACCGCCAUGCCCGCCACGGCUCCCAUAACCUCAGCAGGUUGACCACAGGCAGCACUCUGUGUGACGUGGCCUCCAGGAACAGCAGAGUUGGACCCCUGGCUGAGAAUGAGGAUCCAAGAGGUCAGCAAGAGACAGAUCUCUCCUGAGUAAAAUCUGGAAGGAGACUUACCCUCAGGGCCAGAGGGCCUCAUAC